AUGUUUUUCGCUAGUCGUGGGAGGUACCCACUCCUGUUUCAAUGGACCUCUUCCAUCAUCCCAUUGCUAUUCAUUCCAUUGCUUGUCUUGGCCAAUCACGCUAGCUUCGAUUUAGAGAAGUCGCUUUCAACAUCAUGUGAUCGACAUUGCUACAAUGGUGUUUGUUUGAAUGGUUCAUGUGCUUGCUCAAAAGGAUGGGUAGGAAGUCAGUGCGAUCACUGCUAUGGACGAAUAAAGCUCACAGAGAAUCAGAGCCACCUCAUUGACGGUCCAUUAGACUAUAGCUCAUCUUCCAAAUGUACAUGGGUUAUAGAGAAUGAGAAGAAGUCUGGAGCACCUCUGAACCUAAAAUUAGAAAGUUUUCAAACAGAAUGUGGUUGGGAUUUUGUAUACAUCUAUGAUGGUGAUGGCGUAUACGGUGAACAGCUUGCUGCCUUCUGUGGAGAGCAGGAAAUGCAGGAAGUAAGCGCCCCCUCCGGUAAAGCACUUAUUUAUUUCUUCAGUGAUUUAGCUAUGAAUUUGAACGGGUUCAACAUAUCGUACGAGUUCAAUAAAUGUCCGUAUAAUUGUAAUUCUCAUGGCGUGUGUCAAGACAGUAAGUGUAAUUGUACGCGUGGUUUUACAGGUGCUUAUUGUGAAAUGCGCGUAUGUACGGAACAAGAUGAGGGGAAGUCUGGACCUUGCCUACACGGUGGAGUUUGUAAGAAAUCCCGCUGCUCUUGUACAGUCUCUUACCACGGUGAUACGUGUCAAUCUCCCAAGGCUCGUUCUGUUUGGGAUCGUGUCCCAACAAACAACGAAGUAGCUGGUCGUGCUUCCCAUACCUCUGUGAUAAUCGAUGACGCCAUUUGGAAUAUCGGAGGAGAGCGCUUCAGUGGAGUUCAUUUUGAGGAUCCAACAGUCUAUAAUCUUACCUCUCGAUCGUGGUCAACUAUCGCAGUGGAAGCGCAUACGAAACCUGCCGUGAGAUUCGACCAUACUUUAGUUCGCUACAAGAUGAAAUUAUUCAUGUUUGGUGGUGUUAUUGACCGAAAAAAUAUCACGAGCGAGUUGUGGAGCUUCGACAUUCACACAAAGGAAUGGAAUAAAGAGAGUGUCGAUAACAAAGAUUUGAUGGUACCUCCUUUAUCCGUUGCUGGGCACACGGCACACGUGAUUGGUUCAGAAAUGUACAUUUUCUUCGGUUAUAACCCAGAGAUAGGAUUUGUUCAUAAUGUUCAAGUUUACAACUUCGAAACCGGGAGAUGGCGUUUUGGCAACACGAAGGAUCAGGUAUAUGGUCGCUUCCGUCAUUCAUCGGUUCACUACAAAAUGGAUUCUGGUGAUGCUAUCCUUGUUUACGGAGGAACAAUGUGGUCGAAUGCUCAGAACAAUCUCACGGACAGUCUUAUGAGAUACGAUAUCAAGCAUGAAAAAUGGACCAACCUUCCUCCAUCAGGUGUGCAGUUGUUCCUCCAUACAGCUACAAUACUGAACGGUUUGAUGAUUGUUGUCGGUGGAAAUGGAUACAAUAUUAGCGAGUCUCGUACAAAACAGGAGUGCUUUUCCGGAAUGAUUCAAGCCUAUGACAUUGCUUGUAAACAGUGGUUCAAUAUCUCAACUGGCGUUUCACAGUUGAGGCGUUAUGGUCACACUGCUGUUGCAACAAACAAUGAGCUCUACAUAAUAGGAGGAUUCAAUGGAAGGAUGUUAAACGAUGUGUGGCGAUUCACUCCCGCUGAAUGCUCAUCGGCUACACGCCCAGAGGAGUGCCGAUCCUUAACUGAUGGAGUGAAAUGUGUUUUCGCUGAUCGCACAUGUGUUAAAUUCGAUCCGUUCGUAAGCUAUAAGCAGUCAUUUCUGUCUUUCGUCAAAAACGAAUCGCCCAAAUCAGUGUCGGAGUGUAGAAAUACAGCAGUGAGGCAAGCGCUUCAAGUCUGUGAUGAACAAAAUGACUGCAUGUCAUGCAUUUCUGAGCCAGGAUGUGGUUGGUGCCCUUCUGGAGAUCAGUGCCUGCCGAACGAUGGAGAAUGUGUAGAUGGUCAAGUAAUGCUUACGACUUGGGAGAAAUGUUCACUAACACGAGAUCCUCCUCCGCCGCGUCCUUGCGGUAUGGCGAACGACUGUCGAAGCUGCAAACUACUCGCUCACUGUAACUGGUAUACAGUUGAGGGAAAACCUACUUGUAUUCCACUGGAAGAUGAAAUAUUGUUGCGAAAAGAACAGCUCGAUCGUGAAUUAGACCGCGUAGCUUCGUCUAGCUUACCAUUGCGACUACCAACCACACCACCUCCCAUCCCUCCUGGACAAAACCUCUCCUAUUGUCCUCUACCAUGUUCUUCACUCUAUACAUGCACUCAGUGCCUUCAAGAACAGAAAUGCAUGUGGUGUCCAAGUACAAACAGAUGUAUAAACAUGGAAGCAUAUGCUUUAUCAUUUGCAUAUGGACAAUGUCACUCCUGGGUAGCUGGUCAUGCUCAUGGAUUAGCGUUUUCCAAAUCUUGCAGGAUAGAGUCUUCGAACUGUUCUGCACAUAAAACUUGCGCCGAGUGCCAACUUUCUCCUGAAUGUGGAUGGCUUGACGAUGGUUCUCAUACAGGACUUGGAAACUGUACACAGGGGUCAGCUCAAGGUCCUUUGAAUCCUGGACCCAACUUCCGUUCUGAGCAGUGGUAUUUCAUUGAUUGUCCAGCUUGUCAGUGUAACGGUCACUCUAUGUGCAACGGUACACGUCAUACUCUCGGAGGUAUCCAGGAAGUUUGUGGAGAGUGCCAAGACAACACUAUGGGAAAACAUUGCGAGCUUUGCGCUCCCGGGUACUUUGGAGAUCCACGUAAUGGCGAUCACUGCAAGGCAUGCCAGUGUAACGGACAAGCAGACACUUGUGAUAACGCUACCGGCGCUUGCCAUUGUAGAACGAAAGGCGUAAUUGGUAAUGAAUGCGAUCGCUGUGAGCAAAAAUACUACGGUCAGCCAAGAAAUGGAACUCCUUGCUACUAUGAGCUCAGCGUCGACUUCAUCUUCACCUUUAAGCUGAAGAACGAGGAUAAAGACAAACACGCCACCGAAAUCUAUCUAUUCAGUAUUCCACAUAAGAAAGACACGGACGUAACGUUUCAAAUAAGCUGCGAUGGAGGUUCGCAAGCAAACGUUGCUCUAAACAUCACUUCUUCACUUUUUGAGUCGACCCCGAGGAAGAUGAUGCACAACACAACUUGUGAUUCAAAAGGUUUCCGACGUGUUUAUGUUGCUUCCGAUCCUGAUUACGCUUACGGAACUGAUGCAAACACCACUUUCUUCGUACGAGUAUUCAACUUCACCACUCCCAUCACAAUUCAAGUGUCAUUUGCUCAGUCCCCACCUAUCAACUGGGUGCUUUUCUUCGUUAUUUUUGCAGCUUGCUUCAUCGUCCUAUUAGUUGUCGCUGGUUUGCUGUGGAUGAUCAAACUUCGUAUCGAAGUGUAUCGCAGAAACCAGAGGAGAAUUGACGAAAUCGAACAUAUGGCUUCACGACCCUUCUCGUCUAUCAAGCUGGAGCUCACAAAUGUGCAUUGCUUCUCGGCUACUGGCCCAGUACAAGGACCCACUCCCCUGUCCGUUGAGCCGUGUAGCAAUUACAAAUCGGGGGUUUUUACUCUGGCUGUUCGUUUGCCAACUGGAGGCCGUGCCACAACACCGAACGGUACAUCUGGAUUAGCGGUUGCUUCAGCUUUAUGUCAACUUACACCUGCACAGUUGGGAGUGUUGCAAGCACCGGAUAAUUCAGAAAAUAGAAAUAAUCGAAAAACAACACUGCGUAGGUAUAUUCCUUUCCUUCGCACAAGAGAAAAUGAUGCCGGUUAG